CAACAGUGGUCCAGGUUGGAAACGUGAUAAGUUAUUGUUCUGUUAGUGAUAAGUUCUAUAACUUAUUAUUCAAUUUCUUUUGAUUACGAGUAAUAAGAAACUCUUAACAUUUACGUUUAAUAGUGAACAUUGAAACAAUUUGUGAAUAUGAAACUAAAAGCAAAUACAAAAAAGGUACCGUUAGCACCUUUAAUACUUAUUAAGUACUUAGAUUUUAAAGUCCCUAUUGAGUGGUGUGAAGAAACCAAGUUGUUAAUUGAAAACGAUAAGGUGUUUUCUUCUGAACCAUUUGUAUUUCGUUACUUUUGCAAUAAAGGAACUGAAAAGCAGGUUUAUGGCACUACACCACUUCAAAAAUGCGAGGUUGACAGUUGGAUUACGUUUUCUUUAGGUCCUUUAUCUUGUGAGAAGAAAUAUAUGGAAUGUUUAAGUUAUCUGGACACCACUCUUUCCUCUGUUACUUACCUAGUUGGUAAUGUGUUGACUGCUGCAGAUGUAUCUGUUUGGUCGAAACUUGUUACUAACAAAAAUUGGAAUGGCUUAGUAGAUGAUGGAAAGGUUCCAAAAAACAUUUAUCGCUGGUUUUCACUAAUUGGAAAUUUGCAAUGUGUCAAAAAUGCUAUGAAUUCGCUUCCAGCUGAAGCAACAUUAUUUGAGAAAAAAGAUGAAGGUGUGUUUUCUACCAGGAAGGAGGAGGGUAAGUUUGUUGAAUUACCUGGAGCUGAAACUGGAAAGGUGAUAGUUCGAUUUCCUCCUGAAGCCAGCGGUUAUUUACAUAUAGGACAUGCCAAAGCAGCUUUACUUAAUCAGUAUUACAGGGAUGCCUUUAAAGGUAAACUUAUUAUGAGGUUUGAUGAUACAAAUCCUGCUAAAGAAAAAGUAGAUUUCGAAAAAGUUAUUCUCGAAGAUCUACAGUUGUUAAAAGUUGAUUAUGAUAUUUUUUCUCAUACUUCAGACCACUUUGAUUUAAUUCUAGAAAAGUGUGAAUUUCUUUUAAAAAGUGGUAAAGCCUACGUUGAUGAUACAGACCCAGAGAUCAUGAAGCAAGAGAGGGAGCAAAAGUUAGAAUCCAAAAAUAGGAACAAUAAUGUUGAAAAAAAUAUUGCCAUGUGGUCUGAAAUGAAAGCUGGUACAGAAAAGGGUCAAAAAUGCUGCGUUAGAGCAAAAAUUGACAUGCAAUCUUUAAACGGUUGCAUGAGAGAUCCUACUAUUUAUAGAUGUAAGAACGAACUUCAUCCUAAAACAGGUUCAAAAUAUAAAGUUUAUCCCACUUAUGAUUUUGCCUGCCCCAUUGUUGAUAGUAUUGAAGGUGUUACUCAUUCUUUGAGAACUAUGGAAUAUCAUGACAGAGAUGAGCAGUUCUUUUGGUUUAUAGAUGCGUUAGGUUUGAGAAAGCCGUAUAUUUGGGAAUAUUCGAGACUUAAUAUGACUAAUACUGUACUUUCUAAGAGGAAAUUGACAUGGUUUGUCGAAAAUGGCCAUGUAGAUGGUUGGGACGACCCAAGGAUGCCAACUGUCAGAGGCGUGCUUCGUAGAGGGAUGACUGUUGAAGGCCUCAAGCAAUUCAUAACAGCUCAGGGAUCCUCGAGGUCAGUAGUAGUAAUGGAAUGGGACAAGAUUUGGGCUAUUAAUAAAAAAGUUAUCGAUCCAGUUGCACCAAGAUAUACAGCUGUUGACGCUAUCCAUAAGGUACCUGUAAUUAUUGAAGGUGUUAAUGAACAAGAAGUCAAAGCCAUGAAGCAUCCCAAAAAUCCCGAUAUUGGAGAGAAAAAUGUUUGGCUAGCUCCGAAAGUAUGGAUUGAUGAAGCUGAUGCAAUACUUGUUAAAGAAGGUGAGAAUAUUACUUUGAUCAAUUGGGGGAAUGUAUCUAUCAAAACAAUAAUGAAAAAAAAUGAUAAAAUUGAGAAGAUAUUGGCUAUUCCUAAUUUCGAAGACAAAAAUUACAAGAAGACUUUGAAAUUAACUUGGCUAGCAGAUACUCCUCGUUCAAAGUGUGUAGAAUGCAUCUGUGUGUAUUAUGAUUUCUUGAUCAGCAAACCUGUGCUCGGAAAAGAUGAAGAUUUUAAAAAAUAUAUCAGCCAUAAUACUAAAACUGAAGUUAAAAUGAUUGGAGACCCUGAGUUAGCUAAUGUGAAGAAAUCUGAAAUAAUUCAGCUUCAGAGAAAAGGAUUUUUUAUUUGCGAUGUACCCUAUUCUGAGCCCAGUAUUCACACUGGGAGAGAAAAGCCUAUCGUAUUGUUCUUUAUACCUGAUGGCCAUACCAAAGAAAUGCCUACAGUAAUUCCAACUUCCUUGAAAUCUAAAGAAGAAAAACCCGUUAUAAAAUCUGAGCUCAUGAAAUCAAAUGAUAAAGUCGUAUUGAACCAAGAAAUCUUAGAACAAGGCAAUAAAGUUAGACAUUUAAAGCAACAAAAGGCAGAUAAAAAAAUUAUUGAUGAUGAAGUUAAAAAAUUGUUACAACUCAAAGAUUCAUUCAAAUCAUUAACAGGUCAGGCUUGGAAGCCUGACUUAGAAUUAACUAAAAAUGAACCUAAUGAUUCAUCUGGGCAAUCAAAAGUUACGGAAGAUCCGUUAUCUGUGCACAAUAAUAUCGUUGAACAAGGUAAUAAGGUAAGAACUUUGAAACAGCAAAAAGCUGAAAAAUCGUCAGUUGAUGAAGAAGUUUCUAAAUUGUUAAAAUUAAAAGGUACUUUUAAGUCGCUUACUGGUCUUGAUUGGAAGCCUGAUAUUGAUAUUAAGAAAUUUUCUAAUAGUAAUGGUCCGAAAGAAAGUUCAACUGACACAAAACAAGAGGAUUUGAAUAGUAAAAUAUCAGCACUCGGAGAUAAAAUUCGACAUUUGAAAAGUGAAAAAGCAGAUAAAGCUAUAAUCACUGAACAUGUUCAAGAAUUGCUCUCGCUCAAAGCUGAAUAUAAAUCAUUGGUAGGAAAGGAAUGGACUCCUUCGUCAAAACCUAGUGGUGAUAGCAAUUUGGUUUCUUCCAGUAUUUCAGGAGCGCUGAUAAAAAUCAAAGAGCAAGGAGACAAAAUAAGAAAAUUAAAAUCAGACAAAGCAGCCAAGAACAUUAUAGAAACAGAAGUAAAAACUUUAUUGGGUCUUAAAAAUGAAUAUAAAGAAUUGUCUGGUAAAGAAUGGACUCCAGAUGCAGCAAAAGACUUAGAGAAUAAAACAUCCGAUGGUGAAAAAUCUACUAACUUAAGUAAUGAACAGAAUUCACAAACAGAUAGUAGUGCUAUAGAAUCAAAAAUAAAAGCACAGGGAGAUUUAGUUCGAAAUCUAAAGACGUCUGGAGCUGCAAAAGAGUCUAUCAACGAAGCUGUUCAAAAACUUCUUAGUUUGAAGGCCGAUUAUAAAAUUCUUACUGGAAAGGAAUUUAUUUCAGAAAAUCAGGGACAGAGUAAAAAAAGCAAACAGAAAAAAGAAAAUGCUGUACCAACUUCUAAAACAGUCGAUAGCGAAAAGUGUGCUAACAUCAUUAAUGAAUCCAAUCCACAGACAGACAGCAGUGUUAUAGAAUCACAAAUAAAAGCACAGGGAGAUUUAGUUCGAAAUUUAAAAACAUCUGGAGCUGCAAAAGAAACUAUCAAUGAAGCUGUACAAAAACUUCUUAGUUUGAAGGCUGAUUAUAAAAGUGUAACUGGAAAGGAAUUUAUUUCAGAAAAUCAGGGGCAGAACAAAAAAAGCAAACCAAAGAAAGAAAAACCUGAAGCAACUAAUUUGCCUAAAAACUCCCAAAAAAAGGAAAGUUCCCCUAUUGAGAAGGAGAGUUCUGUAAAGAAAAUUACACGACUUGGAAUUGAAUUCACAAAAGAAGAUAAUCUGCCCGAAUGGUAUUCUCAAGUUAUAACUAAAGGAGAACUCAUUGAAUAUUAUGAUGUCAGCGGUUGUUAUAUUCUUAGACCAUGGUCUUUUGCAAUUUGGGAAGUACUUAAGGAAUUCUUCGAUAAAGAAAUAAAGCAAUUAGGUGUGAAGAAUUGUUAUUUUCCCAUUUUCGUUUCACGAUCUGUAUUAGAAAAAGAAAAAGAUCAUAUAGAAGAUUUUGCUCCGGAAGUAGCCUGGGUAACGAAAUCUGGUGAAAGCGAUUUAGCUGAGCACAUUGCUAUUCGUCCAACGAGCGAAACUGUUAUGUACCCAGCGUAUGCCAAGUGGAUUCAAUCUUACAGGGAUCUACCUAUCAAGCUUAACCAGUGGAAUAACGUAGUCAGGUGGGAGUUCAAACAUCCUCAGCCUUUCCUAAGGACGAGAGAGUUUCUAUGGCAAGAAGGUCAUACAGCUUAUGCUGACAAAAGUGAAGCUGAAAAAGAAGUUAAAUACAUUCUCGGUUUAUAUGAAAGAGUUUACACAGAACUACUUGCUAUACCCGUAAUUAAAGGAGUAAAAACAGUGAAAGAAAAGUUUGCUGGAGGUGAAUACACUUUCACUGUUGAAGCAUACAUUUCCGCCAGCGGUAGAGCGAUUCAAGGAGCUACUUCCCAUCAUCUUGGCCAAAAUUUCUCCAAAAUGUUUGAGAUCGUUUAUGAAGAUCCAGAAACGCAAGAGAAAAAAUACGUAUUCCAGAAUUCAUGGGGUUUCACUACCAGGACUAUUGGAGUUAUGAUUAUGGUACAUUCUGAUAAUAAAGGGUUAGUAUUACCACCACGAGUAGCUUCUGUUCAAGUUGUAAUUGUCCCCUGUGGUAUAACUGCUUCCCUUUCAGAAAGUGAAAAAGAAAAACUUUUAAAAACAUGUCGUAAUAUCGAGGUAGAACUGAAGGAAGCAGGUAUUAAAGUAGAAGGAGAUUAUAGAGACAACUACUCUCCAGGAUGGAAAUUCAAUCAUUGGGAGCUUAAAGGUGUUCCGAUUCGUGUUGAAGUCGGCCCCAAAGAUUUACUAGCAAAUCAAAUCGUCACGGUACGUAGAGAUACUGGUGCCAGGGCUUCGAUAUCUAUGUCGGGAAUGGUGAAUUCCAUCAAAGACCUUCUAGACAACAUUCAAGAAUCCCUCUUACAAAAAGCCACUAAAGAAUUGAAUGAAAAAUUGGUGGUAUGCAAAAAUUGGAAAGAAUUUUGUCCAUCAUUAGACAAUAAAUGUCUUCUAUUGUCCCCGUUCUGUGGUGAAAUUAAAUGCGAAGAAGAAAUAAAAGAAGGAAGCACAAGAGCGGACAAAGAUGUUGAUACGAAUGCUCCAUCAAUGGGAGCCAAAAGUCUUUGUAUUCCUUUUGAACAGCCGAAACCUGGUAUUUCUGACUCAGAUAAGUGUAUCAAUCCUAAAUGUAGCAAUAAGCCGAAGCAAUAUACUCUAUUCGGAAGAAGUUAUUAAGCAUCUUAUAGAAAGGAACUUCUAAAAUUAUCUUUGUUUUCUACUUAAAGCAAAUACUCAUUGUGAAACAGACUUAUUAAAUGUCAGAAUUAUUUAUUUGUUCAUAUGUAAAUAGUAUUAACCGUUGAAAAAAUCUUCAGAAUAUUUAUAAAUAUUAUUGAUUUUAUCAGAGACUACCUUAGGUUCAUUUUUGUAAAGAAAAAAAAAAUUGAUACCAUGACAUAUUUUAUACUCAUUUAAAAUAUUGUAUUUUGUUUUCUUAUUUUCAAUGUUAUUCCCAUUAAAUGAAUAUUAAUUAAUUUUCUAUGUUCUAACAAUCUGAUAUAUGAAGUAAAUCAUAUAUCCUGUUAUUUUUCAUUGAAUAACAUCAUUCUAAUUUUUCUGUUCAUUGUAAGAAAUAAAGUUUUCUUAAUUAUAAUAUAACCUUAAUGGUAAAACUAUAAAAAUUUCUUUCACUGGUUAUGAACUAGUUUUAAUUGAAGAUAUUAUUAGAUGAAGUAAGAUUUGAUAUCAAUUGUAUGUAAUUUUUAAAGAUGCUUACUAUGAAAUAAGAAAAAAUAAUCAAUAUUUCAAAAUUUAUUAAUUAUUAAACUUUCAUCCAAUUUAUUUUAUUAAAUUAAUUAUUCAUUUUUUGCUCUGUAAAACAGAAACCAUUAUUUUAUGUAUUCUUUUGUAAUGUCAAAAUGUUAAUAAAUAUUUUUAUAUUAAAAUAAGAAACUUUUAUUAUGCUAAUACAAUCCAGUUUAUCAAAAUAAAACAAGUUGAUUUUAAAGAAGUAUUUCACUUUGUGUUUUUCUUGAUUCACAUUAAUUUUUAUUUCUAAAAGUAAGUAUAUAGAAGUGGUCUCAUAUCAAAGGUGGACAUUUGUCGAAUAAAUUAAGUUGGAAUUUGAUUUUUAUCAUUCUUUUAAAUGCCUAUAAAAAUAUGUGUAAGAAUGUUAAAUUUAGAUUUGAAAUUAAAGAUAACAGAGCGGUAGUUUUUCUGCAAGUCUUUUCAUGCCAUUAUAUUUCUCUAUUUCACAUUUACUGGAUGUAUAUUCAUGAAUAAAUAUGUAUAUUCAUUCAUACAUUUAUUUUUACUAGUGUCUGCCCUGUGCUCGAAAUUCUACCAUAAUCAUUGAACAUUUGAGGGUAAUGAAUGAAUUUGCAUGUCUCCAACAUUUUUUUUUCUACUCUUAGUUAAUAAAUGGUUAUUACUUUUUAUUUUUGUACAUUUAUAUUAUCAUGUAGCUAUAUUCGUACAUUCACUUUUUUUUUAUAUGCGCUUACUACAGGAACAGUGCCGUACCAUUUGUUUCCUUUUUGAGUUAUAGGCAAAUAAAAAUGUUAAUCCAUUGUAACUUUUUUCAAAAAAAUAUUUGAACCUACUUUCCAAACUCAGCGAAAAUUUUAGGCAAAAAUUUGUAUUAAAGAGUUUUUCCAGCUGCGAAAUAGUAACCUCAAUUUUGUUUUUCCUUUAAAAUAUAUUUGAAACCGUUGCUCCUUCAGUCGGUAA